AUGGUUGGCGGAUGUUGCGUAUGCUCGGACGAACGUGGUUGGCCUGACAACCCGUUGGUGUACUGCGAUGGCAAUGGGUGCACCGUUGCCGUCCACCAAGCUUGUUAUGGAAUCAUCGCAGUCCCAACUGGGAAUUGGUACUGCCGCAAAUGUGAGAGCCCAGAGACUAAAGGAAAAGUAAGAUGUGAGCUCUGCCCUUCAAAAUCUGGUGCCCUCAAGCGCACAGAUACAGGUGGUUGGGCCCACGUCGUGUGUGCACUGUACAUACCAGAAGUGCGCUUUGGCAAUGUCACUUCAAUGGAACCCAUUGUACUCAGACUAAUACCCGCGGAGAGAUAUAACAAGACAUGUUACAUUUGCCAGGAACUUGGCAAAACACAUCGCGCCAACGCCGGCGCAUGUAUGCAGUGUAACAAGUCUGGCUGUAAACAACAAUUCCACGUGACAUGUGCCCAGAGUCUAGGCCUGCUCUGUGAGGAGGCUGGAAAUUAUCUAGACAACGUGAAGUACUGUGGCUAUUGUCAACAUCACUACAGCAAGCUGAAGAAAGGCGGUAACGUGAAGACAAUACCGCCGUACAAACCGAUAACGGGCCACGACAGUCAGUCGAGCGAUUCCAGCGAGAGGGAGUGCGAAGCGUCCCCCGUGCCCGCAGGGAAAGCUAAAGGGCCGGGCCGUAAAUCCUCGCACUCGAGCGCCGGCCCCUCUGGUAAAAAUACACCAGUUACUAAUAAGACACCCUCACUCGCGCCACAGUCGCUCGAUAAGAAGAAACCCUCCCCAUCGCGCCGCGGCUCGUCCGCCGGAGACACGGGCAGUAGCAGUAAGACGAGUACUCCUGCCCCCUCUCCCCAACACAACUCGGACACACAAUCACAAUCUAAUAAAGGUUCAGGUAGAUCGACUCCUAACAAUCCGGCUAAGAUCCCGCUACCAUCUUCGUCUCCAAAGCAGCCGGAGAUGGGCGGUGUUAUUAGCUCGAUUGCGUCAAUACCUAUACCUCCAAGUCCGACAACAUCGUCUACGGUGGUCCAGACACCGCCCAAGCCUGUGUACCAGGAGUCGGUGAUAACUAACACUGAAGCGGUAGACACUAAGCAGACGAAGAAAAGGAAGGCGGUCUCUGUGCCCAUGGCAGUGGACUAUACACCCACUACUGAGGCUAAUGUGCAAAGUGAGACAACCGCUCAAGCAAGCACUUCUUGGGAGCCAAAUCACAAUAACGACGCUAAUAUGGAAGGCGUUGAAAAAGUUAUUAAAAAGGCAAAGACAGACAGUGCAGAAGUGAGCGGUCAGCCGAAUCCGAGUCACUUUGCCUGUCUGAGCCCCGUGCCCCCUCCACCACCGCCCCCGCACAGCCCCGCCUCACAACCGAGCCCCAGGCACCUGCCAAGUCCAAUGCCAGGUCCGAGUGGAAUCAACCAAGUGACCAACAUAAGGUCACCGUCGCAUCCACAGUGCGCGAGGGAGCGCGAGCCGCCCGCGUCGCUGCUGGUGUCGGUGCCACUGCCGCCCGCCGGCCACGGGCUCGGCAUCGCCCACGCGCAGAUACCGCCUCCCCCGCCGGACAUGGGCUUGUCGCCGCACAUCUUUCACCAACCGCACAAACAGGCCGCAAUGGAUCCCACCGUGCCUCACUCACCGCACAACGUCGGUAGGAGUGCGUGGGGCGGGCUCAACGUGGCCUACGAGAUGCAAGAUCCUAAUAAGCCUGGCGUAAGCGGCGUGGCCGGCCCGAGCAAGGAGGCGCCUGUGCGCAACAAGAAGCGUGCCGCGAUGGCCACCUCCGUGGUCGCCAUGGCCAACGCGCCCAUGCAGACAGCAGUGCAGAACUUGGCAAGUGUCCGACGACCGCCGCAACCCACCCCGCCGCCCAUGUAUCAGGAAACCAUCAAGGAUUCACCGCCUAGCUCUCCGAGCUCCGAGCGACCACUGAAACCCAAGAUUGAGGCUAAAAGCAGCAUGAGCUCGGCCCCGCACAUGUUGGGCAACGAGCUGAACCCUGAAAGCGGUGCGGCGGCGCGCCUGCAGGAGCAGCUGAGCGCGGAGCUGGCGGCGCACGCGGCCGCCGCGCCCUCCGCCGACGCGCUUGUGCCGCCGCCGCUCGUCAACAAGGCUGGCCCGAGCACCAGCUCCGGGUCCCGAGGCUCGAGCGCCCAAAGCCUCGACCAGCUGUUAGAGAGGCAGUGGGAGCAAGGCUCCCAGUUCCUCAUGGAGCAAGCCCAACAUUUUGAUAUAGCGUCGCUGCUGUCGUGCCUGCACCAGCUGCGUACGGAGAACGUGCGCCUCGAGGAGCACGUCGGCAACCUGCUGCAGCGACGUGACCACCUGCUCGCGGUCAACGCGCGACUGGCGAUACCGCUGACGGCCGUGGCAGCAGGUCCCGGGGAGUCGUCUCGGUGUCCGCGCGAGAACGGCGCGCCGGUGAGAGGCCCGCCCGGCCCAGUGCGACCCAAUGAGACCAUCACAUCUGAUCGACCACAUCAGCUGAUAAUGCGUGAAGUGCAACAAAAGCCCAGC